AGACUCACAGAGGUCUGAGGAGUGUGAGCAGAACUACAGAGUGUAAGUGUGAAAAGAUAGAGAGAGACAUCUGCACCAUGAGAGCCUGCAUCCUUCUACUGCUGGGGCUGCCUGUGCUGAUGGCCCAGGAGACGCCUGACUUGGAAUACAGAGAUCCAUUCGAUUAUGGACAAGUUCCACAGCUCCAUUUACCGCUGCAAGGGCAGACUGAAGUGGAACUUCCGGAACAAACAGAACCCACAGAACCUGGACCUUUGGACUGCCGUGAGGAAAAGUAUCCCUGCACCAGACUCUACUCCGUCCACCAGCCGUGUAAACAAUGUCUUAACAACAUGUGUUUCUACAGUCUACGCAGGGUGUAUGUUAUUAAUAAGGAGAUCUGUGAGAGGACCGUCUGCGCCCAUGAGGAGCUGAUCAAAGCUGAUCUGUGUCGUGACCAGUACCCACGCUGUGCUGUUGCGGCUCUGACUGGUCAGUGUGGCGCGCUCGGGAGCAACUGUGGAAAAAGCUGCGGAGGCUGUUAGAGACGUGCACAGACACACACACACACACACACACACACACCAUUUUAACACACCAAAUACUGUUAGCUAUAAGCUAUAAACUUCUCUCACAUUUGUCUCACCUCCACUCGUUUACUCCUCUCUCUCACACACACACACACACACACCUCCUGUUCAUCAUCAUCCUUAUAACUCCGUCCUGUGUGUGUUUGUGUGAGUGCUCUGGCCCACACCUGCGGCUGACUGUGUGUGUGUGUGUGAGUGUGUGUAGUACAGAAACGCCCAUGCUGUAUAAACGUAGUGAGGUGUGGCUCGUGUUCUCGUGUGAACGGAUGGAUUUUAUAUAAACCUGUAUUUACGUGUGUACUCUUUUAUAAACCCUUCUGACUGUAUGACGUCACUGGUGCUGUAGAACCCGGUGCUGUGGAGGCUGAGGGAGAGCGCGCAGGAACAGCUGGAGGAACUCUAUGUUUUAGAAACUGUUACUGUAAAACUGUAUCACUUUGUACUGUUGUGUGUUAUAGUUGUGUUACGUGUGUGUGUUGUUCAGCUUGGCAUAUAACUGCUCCUGUUAAGAAACGGAUCCCAGAUUAGAUCUUUAAAUAAAAAGAAAAAAAAAAAAGCUUUUAACGCUUACAGCCUCGCUACAGGAUGUCCUGCGGCGUUAUAAACACAUGACCAUCGGCAGGUACACCGCUAUGAAAAAACAGACAAAACAUCAUGAUGACCCCAAAUCCUGCAACUGGUUAGGAGUCAGGAGCACCGCUCACAUUCUGAUCCUUCUUACGAAGUGUACAUCUAUGCAACAAACAAAUAAAUAAAUACUUUUUAUACCAUGUAA